AUGUUUUUUCACUUUGGCGUCAAAGAAAGCGCGAUAUUAUUUUCCGGGUGGAAAACUAACGAUUGGCAGGGUGUCUUAGGAUCGUGUAUAGGUAUUUUUAUCCUCGGAGUAAUUUACGAAGGGCUCAAAAGUUACAGAGAGUCAGUGUUUUUAAAAUUGUCAUAUUUUUACCGGAACCAAAAAUCCCGAAGAAAAAUAAUCUUGUCUCCCGUUCACGUCUUCCAAACAAUACUUCACAUCCUUCAAUUUACUCUCGGGUACUUUUUGAUGUUCAUCUUCAUGACCUACAAUGUGUGGUUCGCGAUCGCGGUACUUUUAGGCGUUGGUGUCGGCUUCUGGAUAUUUUCUUGGGACAAAUAUUCUCCCGACUCACAAUGCUGCUUCUAA